AUGCCACGGAGGAAAUCAGCUCAGCUCAAGCCUAAAUAUGAUGACGAGAGAUAUGAACCAACACCUGGUGGUCCAUUUUCGGCAUUAAUUCCUAAUAUGUGGCCUCAAGAAAUUUUAAUGAAAACAAAUUUGAGUGAGGAAGGUUAUUCACCGCCCGAUUUUUCUUAUGAUGAAUUUGGAUUUCUUGUAGAAAAUAAAGGUCUGGAACCAACAAGAAGUUCUCUUGCUAAUGAAGAUUCAUCAUUAAAGCUACGAUGGCAAGCAUAUUUAGAAUUUACACAAAAUGGCCAACUAGAGGCGCUUACAUGGGAUAAGAUAGAUCCCAUGCUCCCUCGCUCCGAUAAAUUGCACUCAUUACUGAAAGAAGGAAUUCCACAUUCUUAUAGGCAGCAGUUAUGGAUGAGAAUAUCAGGAGCUUUGAAGAAGAAACAAUCUAAUGAUAUAUCAUACCAGGAAAUUAUUCGUGCGACGUCCGAUAGUACAGCUCUCUCUUCAAAGCAGAUCGAAAAGGACCUCUUAAGAACUAUGCCAACAAAUGCCUGCUUUAAUAGCGUAUAUAGUCCAGGAAUUACAAAACUUAGGAGGAUUUUGAAAGGCAUCGCGUGGUUAUAUCCCGAUAUUGGAUAUUGCCAAGGCACAGGAAUGGUUGCAGCUUCUUUCCUACUAUUUCUUGAAGAAGAAGACGCUUUUUGGCUGCUAGCUACAGUUAUGGAGGAUUUAAUGCCUUCUUCCUAUUAUUCAAGCACAUUAAUUGGAGUACAGGCUGAUCAAAGAGUUUUGCGUAAGCUUGUAACAGAAAAAUUACCUGAACUGGAUAUAGCUCUUAAAAACAAUGAUAUCGAAUUAUCUCUGAUUUGCUUACAUUGGUUCCUGACCGCAUUUGCCAGUGUAGUACAGACUAGAGUCCUUUUGCGCCUUUGGGAUUUAUAUCUUUAUGAGGGCUCCAUAGCUCUGUUUAAGUUUACACUUGGUAUGCUACAUUUAAGACAAAAAGAUUUACUAUCUUUAGACAAUUCUGCUGAGAUAUUCAACAUGCUUUCUGACAUUCCAUUAGACGUAGACGAUGUUGAAAAGCUGAUAGAAGCUUCUUAUACAAUCGCAGGUGAUCUAUCAGUAGAUACUAUUGAGAUCAGCCGUCGAAAGUUUCUAGAUUUACUUGUUGCUGAAUUAGGAUCAUUACUUACGAACGACGACGGGGAAACAUUAUCGAAAUCGGUUAGCGUAAAAAAGCAAUCAGCAAACUGGGCUAAAACGAAAAACGUCAGGCAAACUGAAUUAGUAGCAAAUCUACGAGAAUGUAUCAUGCAAGUUGCUAGGCAUUUUCAGGCUGCAAAAUCGAAAAAGGUUGGUGCACUAGUCCCGGACUACUCAGUAGAAAGCCACAGGCGUGAUUACGAACAGUUUGCUACUGUAUCAAGGAACCGACUUCGUCGUGCUAGAGCCAUACUAGAUUUUGACGGACAUGAUGAUAAUGAAUUAGGCUUCAGAAAAAACGAUAUCAUAACAAUAAUUUCACAAUCGGAUGAUCACUGCUGGGUUGGAGAGCUGAACGGUUUAAAAGGCUGGUUUCCUGCUAAAUUUGUUGAACUCCUUGAUGAAAGAAGUAAAGAGUAUAAUGCUGCUGGUGAUGACAAAAUUACCGAUGUUAUCGUUCCAUUAGUACGUGGCAGAUUAUGUGAUGCUCUCUUAGCGGUCUUUCAGCAUGGAAUAACUAAGCCGUCUGUCCUAGGAGCAAAAUGUCACCCAUGGGCUUUUAUAGAAGAGGCUAGCAUUAAAGAAAUAGAAAGAGAUUACCACUCGGUCUUUUCUCGCCUUGUAUUAUGUAAAACAUAUAAGCUAGAUGAAGACGGCAGAGUAUUAACUCCUGAAGAGAUAUUAUACCGGGCUGUACAUUCCGUAAAUAUAACACACGAUCAAUUGCACGCGAGUAUGGAUAUGAAGUUUCGAUCUCUCAUCUGCAUCGGACUAAACGAGCAAGUUUUGCAUCUAUGGCUAGAAAUUCUUUGUUCUUGUGAAGAAGUAGUAGCGAAAUGGUACGAAGCCGCAUCAUUUCUACGUAGUCCUGGAUGGAUACAAAUUAAGUGUGAAUUAAGAGUUUUAUCGAAUUUCUCUUUCAACUUAUCCGCAGAUUACGAAGUUUCGAAAGAUACUAAUGUUCCAAUGAAACAGAAUCUCUGCGAUAUGUUGUUAAAACAUCACCUUUUUAGCUGGGAUUUGUAA